UAGCCAAUGCAACUACUCCUAACUUCGUGGCGUUACUCUCACUUAAGAACAAUCUUCUCUUCACAGUAUUAGAUGUCGGUAUGGCUCUUCUCUCUUUCACCGUGAUUUACUCUUUUUUAGCAUCUAUAUCAUCAACUUUUCCUUCUUUCAACUACUAACCCUGUGGCAAUGACCAACGACGGCCCUCUUAAAAUUUCGCUCCUCUUCCUUGCCACCCUUAUAUUGAUAGUUGCUCUCUCUACUCAUUCCUUCAACAAGAUGCUAGUUACCUAUAUUGUGGGAAUUUUGGGUAUUGCGGGGUUGCUCUUACCUGAUUGGGAUUAUUUCAACCGCGACUUUUCUCGUUGGCCUUAUCCUGUGACUUCUGAAGAAAGAACUUCUCUUGCCCAACCAUCUGGAUUUCAAAGAUUUGCAUAUUCUCCUAUGAGGGUGAUUGCUUACAGCCUAGUUUAUGGAUAUGCUAUGUAUAAAUGGUGGGAGUACAUAUCCAACUGACAAUAGAUGGAAUACAAUGGAGCAUCCAUCCUGCAAACAGAUCUUAGACAUUCGGACUUUCAUCCAAGCACCAAGGCCAACAUGUUGCUACCCAUUCAAGCCCAACUGGGCAUGUUAAAGCCCAAGUCCAUCACAAUAAUAAGUUCGCAUUACUAAACUCGACAAUCAAUACUACUUCUCAUAAACUAUAUAAACUCGUGUUCUCUAACAUACAUGACCAAUGUGUAACUUAUCAAGCCUAAGAACUUUGCAAAAUGGCAAGCGCGCAUACAGCAAUAAAAGUACAAAAAAUGUGUUGGAACAUAAAGAAGUUAAGCCGAGUUUGUCAGUAAGCCAGCCAGGCGAAGCAUGUGUUCGGAAUUUCUUUCUAUGUUGGGUUUCAUUAAGCGACAAGUGACACUUUGACUUUGGUAAAAGUGUUUAGAUAAGGAUUAAAUUGAUUAGAUAGAAAUUUUAU